AUGAGCAAUCCCUGGUAAAGAAAGAGGAAGCUUCCCGAUCCAUUCAAAAACAAGAACAGACUGGUGCCGGAGCCGGUGGAGGCAAUGAUGCUCAUGAAAAGCUUGUGCCUGGCCUUUCUCUUCCCGGCCCUGGUGGAGGCUCAGUAUGAGCAGUACAGCUUUAAAAGUUUCCCCCAGAAGGACAUCAUGCCUCUGGAGUCUGCGUACGGCUACGCGCUGGAUCAGUACGCGGCGCAGAACUGGGGAGAGAGCGUCAAGUUCCUGGAACUCAGCCUGCGGCUCCACCGGCUGCUGCGGGACAGCGAGGCUUUCUGCAGCCGCAACUGCAGCUCAGUGAGCCGGGACAACGACACCCUGUUCGCCGACAGCAACCUCCGCGUCGUGCGCCACAUCCUUUUGAGAGCUGCGUGUCUUAAAAAGUGCAAGGCGGGGUUUCCAGUGUUUAAUCUCGCAUAUCCACGACGGGAUCUACUGGAAACUUUCGAAAAAAGAAUACCGUAUCGGUAUAUACAGUAUGCAUACUACCAGCUCAAUAACGUGGAGAAGGCUGUGGCAGCAGCCCACACCUUCCUGAAGAAGAACCCAACUGAUCCCCAUUUGACCAAGAACAUGGACUAUUACAAGACGCUGUUUGAUGUGGAAGAAUAUCUCAUCGACCACGAGGAGCAGCCCUAUGAGAGUGUGUUCCUGAAGAGCGUUACACUUUACAACAGCGGAGACUUCAGCAACAGUGCCCGAAACAUGGAGCAGGCCAUCACGCAGUACUUUGAAAUAUACAACCUGUGCUUAGCCGGCUGCGAGGGCUCAUAUGAGAUCUUAGAGUUCAAAGACUUCUACCCCACACUGGCAGAUCUCUACACUGAUGUGCUGAAAUGUAAGGUGAAAUGUGAGGAGCACCUAACACCCAGUGUCGGAGGCUUCUUUGUGGAGAAGUUUGUCGCCACGAUGUAUCACUACCUCCAGUUUUCCUAUUAUAAAUUGAAUGAUGUAAAGAAUGCUGCGCCUUGUGCAGCCAGUUACAUGCUGUUUGACCCCAAAGACCAGGUGAUGCAGCAAAACGUAGCAUACUAUCAUUUCUACAAGGAGCAGUGGGGCCUCAAGGAUAGCGACUUUGAGCCUCGGCCCGAGGCCUUGAGGUAUUUUAACCUGACAACCAAACAGACGGACAUGCUGGAGUUUGCACUGAACUAUCUACAAACAGAUGAAGAGGACGUGGUAAGUCCAGAAGAAACAGCUGCGUCUCACUCAGAAAACCCUGACGCUGAGUUUGAGGGGAUGGGAGACUACGAGGAGUCCUUCCUGGCAGAAUGGUGGCAGGAACCCAAAACCAAGUGGGACACCGGGGAGGUCGCAGACUGACAUCUGACCUCGUCCAUGGGCAGAACGCUUCCUCAUCCUGCUCCGUCCCACCUGUCGUGACAACAUACCAAAGAGUGUUGACCUCCCUGCAGACAGACUCAUCAGUAUUUAGCAGAAAAAAAAGCACAACUCAAACACAACUGCUCUCUUUCACCCAGCUGAAGAUCAUGUCGAUCAAGAUCAGGGAUUGACAUAUUGUUUUGGCUGUUAUCAGCCUUUUUAAAACUGUUGUUUUUAUAAUGAGUCACUGGCCUGUGUGCCAGUCCUUGUCAAUGAAUUUUUUACAGUUUUUAUUUAAUGAAAGCUAAAUGCCUCUGUGCCGUGGUAUAAGGAAUCUUACAUGUAGCUUUUCUUAUGCUGGACGACUUGUCAACGACUGUUUGGAUUGUUCUUAUA